ACAGUUGUGUUUGGUUUGUGAAGCUGGAAAGAGUGGUAACGCGGUGCACGAGAUACUAAAAUCUGACAAUGAAUAUUAUAAAAUGGAAAAUCAACUGGGCACUUGUCAUAAUUAUAAUCGUCAUGAUGUUCGUUAUGUCAAUUGCGGAUGCAGAGCAGCAGCAGCAGCAAAAUGUGACAACUGACACAACAGCAACAACAAUAAGUGACCCAAGACCGAGAACUGCAUCUAGAGGCAAAUUGCUAUUGGCUAUUCACUAUGAAGCUUUGUGUCCAGAUAGCAUGUUCUUCAUAAGGCGAAGGCUAUAUGAUGCUCUGCAGGAUAACGCUUGGUGGCCACGCGUAGAUUUGAAGCUUUAUCCCUUUGGCAAGGCGGGUUUCUACAACAAUACGGAAAUCGGAGAGAUGGAAGUUUUCUGUCAACAUGGCAGCGAGGAAUGUGAACUGAAUGCUCUACAUGCUUGCAUUAUAGAAACUCUCGACAUAAAAUCGGCUUUUGAGCUUAUCAAUUGUAUGCUUCGUUCGUAUACAAAUCAAAUUGAUAAAUGUGCUGAACAUUUUCAAUUGGAUGUGAAUGCAGCCAAAGAGUGCAAACGUUCAAGGAAAACUCCACAAAUCCUACAACCUUAUGGUACGGCAACAUUGGCUUUGGGGAUCUCCUAUGUUCCAACCAUUGUCUUUGAAAAUAAAUUCCAACCCUAUGAUCAGAGCAGCAUCCGCUACAAUUUCGAGGAACAUUUCUGCAAGGAAUAUGAGAAGAGAUUCCAUAUUAAAUUGCCCACUUGUAAUCUUUAAAAUUAAAAAAAAAUACGUACAAAUAUAAAUUUAUCUCUGACUCAUCUCGAAAUUUCAUCUACAUCAUUAUCAAAUAGAAAUGUAUAAGAAUUUAUUUGCCAGCGAUAAGGCGUAUCUGUUUUUAAAAAAAUGGAAUAUAAAAUUAAAUAUUACGACGCUGA